CUGACUACUAUUCCAUCAAAUCACAUGACCGGUUAUUGACACAAUACAUUCACAUUAACUUCUUAUUAAUGUUCUAAUGUGUAAUAAUCUUCAUAAAGGUACUUGUGCCUCUGACAAGCUCCAUCUAGUACACAAGACUGAUGUUUUAUCUGGGUUUUCUUACAGCUCAGUGGUCUGGGGGGGGGGACACCAGCUAAGUGUUGCUGAAAGGCCAGAUCUGUUGAAAGGAUGUGUAUUCAUUGGCAUUUGUGUGAAGUGUUUUGUACGAUUGUGCAAGUAAGUCCUCCCGCAACCUUGGUCGGCCUCUAUGAAACACCAGUUUUUGUGAAGCUACAUCGAACAUAUGACUAACUUGGGGACAAAUCAAAUGAAUGAAAUGACAGCGGCUCGACCAAAUUUCCACCCCACAAAGGAAUAUGGUUUAAACUGGUGUCUGGGUUAUUUUACGCCCGCAGAACAGUGAGUGGCGUUUCAGAGAGCAACUAAAUACUGACACUCUAUUCAAGGUUGUCACAACUUUUAAGAUCAAGAAUUCAUUUGACCAACCUGGCUGACUGCUGCAGACUGACUGGUUGGCUGGCUGUUUUUUUGUUUUGGAAAGGAAGCAAACAUCUUCCUUCCCUCUAUUGUGCUGGGCAGGAAAGGAUGGACUGCAGCCAGCUGACAGCUGUUUCCUGGUGGAUGAAGAAGGAAUGGGUGCGUGGGUGGUGUUGUGGUGCUGGUUGUGUGUGAAUGUGCUUUCCUCUGACUGCUACAAUUUGAUAAAGAAUCGCUAGCUGAGGGAAUCACAGUAAGGUGGAGUCGAUUAGUUUGAUUUCAAUAUAUUAGCGGACCCCUGUGGAGGGUUUGAAUAGUUGUAUCAGCAUAUAUAGCGUCUGCUCAACCAAAAUUAGAAACUAGCUUGAUAUGAAAUGCAAUUAUUAUGUAGGUCUCUUUUUCUGCAUGGCUUUUUAAAGGUACCUUUUUAGUUCUUUUUAGUGUCAUACAUUUCAAUUCGGUGCUUCCUCUCGGCCUUACAAAAUUGGUGAAUGCAUUUCCUUCCUCAAAUGUCUUUUCACAUAUAUCGAUGUUCUAAAUCUAGAUUGGUGUACGUUCGCUUGUCCGGUGGAACCGUCCGCAGGAAUGUGUUUUGUGUCCGUGGGCCUUCUCGAAGGCGUGCACGAGGGGCGCACGUGCACGAAAUGGUGACUCAUAAAAACUCAAACGAUUGCCCUCAGCACUACUAAGUCUAUAAGGGUUCGCCUUAUUUAAGUUUGACAAUUCAACUUCCAGCUGUAUGUAGUCCCGUAGUGGCCACGUCCACACCGAGGUGUGCGUGGUCCAUAUUCCACCAUGUUGUUGUUUUCAUCAACCCUGUCCCCGCGUGGCCUCGCUUGCUCUCUGUUUGACUGUUGCUCUCCUCGCAUGACUCCAUCUCUCUGCAGCCCCCUCUGGGGUGUGAGCUGAAUGCAACCGCGGCAUAGGAGUGCAUUUAUGGAAACCAAUUAAAGCUCCUUUCAUUGGCCAUAAUUAUUUAAACUCUUUUAAAGAGCAGUACAAGCUGUUCUCCCUGAGGUUUAAAAAGAUCUUAAUCGUAUGUGUUUGAAGGGUUACGUGUUUCUGAUACUCUAUUGUGUUUACGUGGGAAAGAAAUACUCUGUUAAACCUCUUGUAUUUCAGUAGGAUGGAGAUUUAUUUUAGUGUUCAAAAAGCCAUAAUUACAAGCUGCAGCUCUCGGGUAUGUUGAAGCCAUCAUAUUUCCCUGCUGGUUCUGCGGUUCUACCGGGUUUCUGAGAGUCAACGUCAUCAGUCUAGUUCCUGCUGCCGGUGGCAUCGGGCGAAACGACACGCGCGAAGAGUACGCGUGGUCUGCCAGGUGCGUGUCCCCAGCCAGCUACCUAGCUACUAUUCACCUUCACCACAGCUGUUGAGGUAGCCAUGGCGACCAGCGCCUUGCCAAGUGACAACCUGCCAACGUACAAGCUGGUGGUGGUGGGGGAUGGUGGUGUCGGGAAGAGUGCCCUCACCAUCCAAUUCUUCCAGAAGAUCUUUGUGCCGGACUACGAUCCCACGAUAGAGGACUCGUAUCUCAAACACACAGAGAUCGACGGACAGUGGGCCAUACUGGACGUGCUGGACACAGCCGGUCAGGAGGAGUUCAGCGCGAUGAGGGAGCAGUACAUGAGGACAGGGGACGGCUUCCUCAUCGUCUUUUCCGUGACAGACAAGGCCAGCUUUGAACAUGUGGACCGAUUCCACCAACUCAUACUACGGGUCAAAGACCGGGAGGCCUUCCCCAUGGUGUUGGUCGCCAACAAAGUGGACCUGGUCCAUCUGAGAAAAGUCACCGGUGACCAGGGCCAAGAGAUGGCGGCUAAACACAACAUAACCUAUAUUGAAACCAGUGCCAAGGAUCCUCCAAUGAAUGUGGACAAAGCCUUUCACGAGCUCGUCCGUGUUAUAAGACAACAGGUGCCAGAGCGGCACCUGAAGAAGAAGAAGAAGAUGAAGUGGAGGGCCGAGCGCUCGGCGGGUUCCCACAGGUUCCACUGCGCCAUAUUGUGACCUCCCUCUUCUUAACGCACACCCGCACUCCUUUUUUGGGUGUCAGGGAACUCCCCAGCACGUCCUGGAGCACGGAAGGGUCGUCGAACGGCGGAAACGAGUGAAUCGGAAGUGACUGCUUGGAGUGAAAGCUGAGCCCUCUCUCCUCGAUUUAUGCUCCCCUUUUGCAAACAUCCCUCCCAUCUCCGUUCAACAGAACUCCCGUGUCGCCGGACGCUUUCUCACCCCAUCAAUCUCAUUUCAAAUGUGGCAGUGGACCACCGGGGGGGAAGAGACCGGCUUCGCUUUGGCGUGGGCACUUCGGUGUUCUUGAGAGGGGGAGAGUUGCAGAGGUGAUUUUUGGUGGGGAAAGUAGAAGCUGCGUGGCUGACGGACUUCUUGGUCAUGUGACGCUCUGGUUUUGAAAUGUCGGUUGAGAGGAGAGAGAAGGACGUGAUGUGGAGAACUUGUGUCGUAGCGGUUUGCAGGUGAGCGCUGUGGUCCGGUUGAAUAAGUGUUUUACACGUGGGAAUCGUAAAGGAGAGAUUGGUUGGCGUGUGUUGCGUAACAGCAGACGCUCAUGUGUCAGCGGCCAUGUUUACAGAUGUUUAUUUUCUCAUAGCGACACCGAGCAAGUGAUUUGAAAUGAGGACGGUUUAUUCAUGGUGCCUCCUCAGUCAUUGUCAAUGGCGCAAUGAGAGCAGACUUCACCGUAUAUAUGGACAAUAGCCCUGAUAUAUUUUGGGUUUCUGUUGUCUUAACAGAAUUCUGUCUUUAUAACUAAUUUAAUUUUCUUUUUCUUUUUUUUUCAAUCUGUAAAGAAAUCAAAACAAUUAUAUUUGUGAUAUUAAAAAGUUUAAUUAUAGGUGGCGAUGUAAACAAAUUCAAUGCUGUUUUACAAAAGCUCUGCAGGAUGAAAUCCAAUAGAUGAGGGACAACGAGCGCUUCGUGUUUCAGAUUGGAAGCCGGCUGGAGAAGCUGAUUUGCACUGGCCACUAACCAAAAUAAUGUGAUGUCACUUUAUUGAAAUCAAGGGGCUAUUUAAGACCGCAGCGCUGAAUUCAGGACAAGAGAUGUGCUCGGUAAAGGAGAACAGACAUUCUGUGGCCCCUGGAAUCCCCCCCCCCUUCCCCCCUCACCCCGGGGGUUAAAGCCUUGCUUACCUGGCUGGUUUAUGGAAACGCUCAAAGCAACAAGACAUUCGGUAUGUUGCAGUCUGCAGCCGGGAAUGUACCAUUUAAUAACCUAUGAAAUGGCUUGUACUGUUAACGCACUAAAGUUUCGGUGGACAACUUUUUUUUUUUUUUUUUUUUUUUUAUUUGUCUGGAAGAAUACGGUCUCUUGAAGGAAAACGUUUUUGCACUUUUAAUACGAUUUCUGACUUUCCUAUUGGCAGUGUUUGUUUUCUGUUCAUAGCUGGCACGGUCAAAAUAAUUUGAAUGUAAACUCGAAUCACAAAACAAGCAGCGAGGCCGUUAGCGUUGUAGCCCUGUGUGCCUGUGUAUGCCUGUGGCCUCGGCGACCGCUGUGACCGAUUUUAAAUAGAUUUGAAUUUAAUAGUUUGAAAGUUCCAUGUUUCUCCGUUAUUGAAUGGCGUACAAAUUCACCGCAUGAAAGUGGGGAAAAUAAAUGAACCUCAAUGAGAGAGCAUCGGUUUUGAUCUCCAUCUUCCGUUUAAAGGAACUUUCAAUGAGUCUCCAGAGAAGGACUGAUCGCUGAGCAGCACACUGGGGGGAACAAAAAAAAAACAGAAUGCGUUGGAAAAUGUUGCAUCGUGUAUGUUUGAUACCAUUUUGUAUUAUUCAUAUAAUUCUUGCAAAUUGUUUUUUUUUUAAACAACUGAAUAAUUUAUUACUGUCUGUUACCUCAGCGUGUCCCGGACCUGGACAAAAAGCUAAGCCCCCCCCCCCCUCCUCCACACACACACACACACACACCGUGUUUCUUUUUUCAUCCUCAGUUCUUUGCGACUCGGAGUCCCGGUAUGAAGCGUUUGGUCCUGAGCUGUAAAAGCAGCAGGACCUCAACAAAGUCACACAAGGGUCCAAACAGGAACGGUCGUAACUUUUUAAAUGUUUCUUUGUUCGAUGUGUAAUUUUUGGAAAAUGUGCUUCUUCACUUUGUUGCUGAGCGUUUUGUUGGCGUAUUUAAAUACUAAUAUGUAACCGGCAGUGGUUCUUAUACCGUUACUGUAAAGGUGGGAACCGGCUGGAUUGUCCGUGUCACGAUAUCUGCCAACCAGCAGCUCCACAGCUCACUGAGCAGGUUUCGUUUAGUCCGUUUAAUCAAUGCAAAUUGUGUGUUUGUGCGCUAGAUUGUUUCCUACCUUUUUUGGACAAAGCCAAGCCAGAUGUUCCCAGACUGUCCUGCAUCCCGUCUCAACUCACAGGCCAACUUCAUGUUUAGAGACGACUGCGGCGUCAAUCCUCUCAUUUAACUAGUAAGAAAGUGAAGAAGGAAAUUUAAAAGAAAUGUCACAAUACAAUUUCUUAAAGCGGACUGUGUUUACGUUCCAGGCAGGUGUCCUCUAGUGGACUUUAACUCUUUGGUUUUGAGGUCCAAAACACUUUGAAAUGAAAUGGUUCCCUUUUCUGACUGAACCACCGUGGCUGGUACAAAGGAACCUGCUGAUUUAUUGUCUUCACAUUUCCGGCAGACCAAAUACAAAUGCCAAAAGUGAAAAUAAUGCAUCACCCUGGAUUAUAUGUGAGCUAAAUUGAGCACUUUUGUUUCAUGUAUUGGAGAAUUAUUAUUUUUUGGGAUAGAUAAACACCAAGUAUUGUUGACGUUAUGCAAUUGAUUUGAGUCUUGUACGUCCUGAAACGUUGUCCGUAUGUGAGGGUGAACUUUGGGUUUGGAUUACAAAAGCCCCAUUUUGACUUGUCACACCAGUUGUUGUGUAACGUGUGUUUUCGACAGGUCCGUUGUGUCUUUUUGGACAAGUCUGUUGUGUCUAACUGGCUGUGUGAGACUGAGGAGCGAGACGGGGCACAAACAAACUGUGGCCUUUUUUAAUCCAGCCUCAGGGGUCCACUAUAUUUCAAUAAAGAGAUACAAGUAUUGGGA